AUAAAUAGGAUAUCAUAAUUAUAUAGAAAUUUUAUUUUUGUUAUUAUAUUACAUAUCAUCUAAUCUUCAUAUUGACAGAUAAUCAACAAGCAGUCUUAUGAUUUUAUGAGGACUUAAUAGAUUCUAAAAAAUCAUGUUUCUAACAAGAUCUGAAUACGAUAGAGGUGUUAAUACUUUCUCCCCCGAAGGACGCUUAUUACAAAUAGAAUAUGCCAUUGAAGCUAUCAAGUUAGGAUCCACAGCGUUAGGUAUAAAAACUAAUGAAGGAGUUGUUUUAGCCGUUGAAAAAAGAAUAACAUCUAGUCUUAUUGAACCUGAUAGUAUAGAAAAAAUUGUCCAAGUUGAUAAACAUAUAGGCUUGGCUGUUAGUGGACUUAUGUCUGAUUCGAGAACUUUAAUUGAUAAAGCUAGAGUGGAAUCUCAAAAUCAUUGGUUUGUAUACAAUGAGAAAAUAUCUACUGAAAGUCUUACUCAAUCAGUUUCUUCCUUAGCAAUACAAUUUGGAGAUGAUGAUGCAGAAGGAAGUUUUAUGAGUCGCCCAUUUGGUGUAGCAUUGUUAUUUGCUGGUCUAGAUAAAACUGGACCUAUUUUAUAUCACAUGGAUCCUUCUGGCACAUACACAGAUUGUGGUGCGAAAGCUAUUGGAUCUGGUUCUGAAGGUGCUCAACAAUCACUUCAGGAAGUAUAUGAUUAUGGAAUGACACUUAAACAAGCUAUUCGGGAAGCAUUGGUCAUAUUAAAACAAGUUAUGGAAGAAAAACCCACCGAUACCAAUGUCGAGGUCGCUACAGUGACUCCAGAUAAAUUGUAUCACAAAUUAACAACACAAGAAAUAGCCGAGAUCAUCAAAGAUAUCUAAUAUAAGACUUACUUUUUUUUUUACAAAUUUUUACUAUCUUAUAUUCAUUGCAAAUUUUAAUUUUCUUUUUUGUAAAUUUAAUCAAUUCACCAUUAAGUAAAAUGGUUCUUAUAAUAAAGUGAUUUAU